GGAAAGAAGGCUGGCCAGUUAGAAGGAGCAAGCCCCAGCCCAGCCCAGAACCCGGCAAGCAGAGUGUAACUGCAGUUUUAGGCACAAGGCAGGGAGUUCUGAUGCUCCCAAAAGACCGGCUCUACCCCCUCGGCUCGGCUGCCCCUACAAUGUGGAUCCUGCUUCUCCAGGUUGGGACUGGAGUUUUAAAAUAAAAUGGAUGAUUUGACGUUACUUGAUCUCCUGGAGUGCCCUGUGUGCUUUGAAAAGCUCGAUGUCACAGCCAAAGUUCUCCCCUGCCAGCACACCUUCUGCAAACCAUGUCUACAGAGGAUUUUCAAGGCCCACAAGGAGCUGAGGUGCCCAGAAUGCAGGACCCUGGUGUUCUGCAGCAUCGAGGCUCUGCCAGCCAACCUGUUGCUGGUGCGUUUGCUGGAUGGUGUGCGUUCCGGACAGAGCUCGUGGAAAGGAGGCUCCUUCCGAAGGCCUCGGAUACUGACCUUGCAGGACAACAGGAAAGCCAAGAGCAGCCCCAGAAGUCUACAGGCUAGCCCUUUCCGGCUGGUGCCCAGUGUCAGGAUCCACAUGGAUGGGGUGCCUCGAGCCAAGGCCUUGUGCAACUACAGAGGGAAGAAUCCUGGCGACCUGAAGUUUAAUAAAGGAGAUGUCAUCCUCCUUCGGAGACAGCUUGAUGAGAACUGGUACCAGGGGGAGAUUAAUGGGGUCAGUGGGAUCUUCCCGGCCAGCUCUGUGGAGGUCAUCAAACAGCUGCCCCAACCACCCCCACUCUGCAGAGCCCUCUACAACUUUGACCUUCGAGACAAGGAUAAGAGUGAGAACCAGGACUGCCUGACCUUCCUCAAGGAUGAUGUCAUCACAGUGAUCAGCCGUGUAGAUGAGAACUGGGCAGAGGGAAAGCUCGGAGAUAAAGUGGGCAUCUUCCCCAUCUUGUUUGUAGAGCCAAACGUCUCGGCAAGACACCUCCUAGAGAACAAAGGACAUCAGUUAUCACGCACAAGACACCUGUCCCUGAUGUCCUCCCCAUCCAGAGGCAAAGCGACCAACACAUCCUCGCUCCGAAAGAGCCCAGGGUCCAGGAGGAAGGGAUCUGGGCAGUUCUCCAUGACUACAGCUUUGAACACACUCAACCGCACAGUCCAUUCUCCUGAAGGUCACCAGAUGGUGGAAAUCAGCACCCCGAUGCUCAUCAGCUCUAACAGCCCCUCUGUGCUCACCCAGCAUGGGGACAAGGCAGACUUCCCUACCAGCUCUGCAGGACAGGUCAGCAGUUCUCAGCCCACACCUGCCUCCCCGGGACAUUCCACAGCCAUGGUCAGUGUGCCUAGUUCCCAGCAACACCUUUCAAAUAACAUGUUUGUAGCCCUACACACUUACUCAGCCCAUGGACCCGAAGAGCUGGACCUGAAGAAGGGAGAAGGCAUCAGGGUUCUGGGCAAGUACCAGGAUGGCUGGCUGAAGGGCCUCUCCUUACUCACUGGACGAACUGGCAUCUUUCCAAGCGACUAUGUCAUCCCAGUCUUCAGUUCAACAGCUAGAAAGACAUCUAGUUUUCCUGAUUCCCGGAGCCCCACUGUCUGCACCACAUGGGCGUUAUCCACCUCCUCUGUGUCCUCCCAGGGUAGCUUUGCAGAAGGUGAUCCCCGGCAAAGUGGACCCUUCAAAUCUGUCUUUGUGCCCACUGCCGUAGUUAACCCUUCGAGGAGCACACCUGGCCCAGGGACUUCUGGACAAGGGUCUCUUAGGAAAGUGCGGAGCAGCAUGAGAAAGAAUGGAUCCCUGCAGAGACCAGUUCAAUCAGGGGUCCCCACUUUCAUGGUGGGCUCCCUCAGAUGCAGUCCUACCAUGGUGAUCCGGCCUCAGAGGUUCCAGUUUUAUCCGCCACAGGGGAUGACCCCUUCCCCAACACCAAUAAUGGUGGAGAUGGGGUCUAAAUCUAUUCACACUGGGGAGCCUGCCCUGAGCUGCAUCAACAGAGGUAGCAAGACCAGGAUCCACUCAGCAGGCAAUUCCAUCAUCAUGGAAGGCAAAGAAACGCCCAUCAAGAGUGAACCGCCACCCAAGCCGCCUGCAUCUGCGCCACCCUCCAUCCUCGUGAAACCAGAAAAUUCAAAAAAUGGCGUUGAAAAGCAAGUCAAAACCGUGAGAUUUCAGAACUACAGCCCUCCACCCACCAAACACUCUGCCUCCAGUCCCACCUCUGGAAAGCACGACCAUCCAGCCACCUUGAAGGGGUCCCAGCAUGAAGCAGUCUCCUCAGGAGGAGAGAUGACCAUUCUAUUUGCCCACCGAAGUGGCUGCCACUCCGGGCAACAAACAGACCUUCGGAGAAAGUCAGCCUUUGGCAAGACCAUGCCCUUAUUGUCCACUGCUUCAGCCACACAGACCUUAUUUCCCAGCAAAUGAUUCUUCGGGUGGCUUUUCUUAGACACAAAAGAGGUGAAUUGCAUAUAAAUACAGCCUGCCUCCACUACAGACAUACUACUGUUCUUUGAAGGUUGAGUCUCCUUAAUGUCCCUUUUUAGUCCACAGGAAUGGGAAGGCAGGAAUUCCAGGUUGUCCUUCUCUUUCUUUUUAGCCCUGACUGUCCUAGAACUCUGUAGAUGAGGCUGGCCUUGAACUUAGAGAUCUGCCUGCCUUUGCCUCCCUAGUACUGGGAUUAAAAGCAUGCAGCACAACCAACCAGCAUGUUUCUAAACUUAGUGGUUUAAUACAGCCAACCCCACUGCUUAAGCCAAAGAAUAAGGAAAGCAUUAAUACCUGUGCCUCCAGGAUUCAGGAUUUGGCCUUUCUUCCUAUGCGCUCAAUAUAAAACAUCUUUGUAGCCUAAAAAACAGCCAGUGGGUGGCAGUAGUGAAAUUGCUCUCAGGGCCUCUUUGACCUCAUCGCCAUCUCCCUUUCUUCUCACCACACUAGAACAAUCUCUGCCAUCUGCUAAGGCCAUAUCAUCUUCAUUCUACAACUACAGCUGCAAAGGGAGAAUUUGAGAGAAGGAUAUGAGAUGGACAUUUUGAACAUUCUGAGAACCCACUGAAACUGAAGAGAGUAACUUUCUGAGUUGGCUGACUCCCAAAUGCUCAAAGAUGAUCAUGCAUUAAGCUUCUUGGCCUGAUUCUUCCCAUAUAUUUCUACACAGUAGAUAAGCAGGGAGCACGGAGAGACAGAUAAAGGAUGUGUAUGGUAUUAUAGGCUUUUCAUCCUUCCUCUCAAAACAAAGUGUGCUUGGAGGGCACUUGACCAGGCAGCGGGUUUAGAUCUCUAUUCUGCCUGUAACCCAGUAUUUUUGUUCUCCCUGGUUCCUAGUCAUGUGGGGAAGGGAGCUAGUUUCCCUUAUAGGACAAUGAGGGCAGGGCAGAGGAGGGUGCUUCUUAGAGAACUGUUACCAAAGAAAGUGGACAGAGAAGAAAAGGGAGAUAGGAGGAACAGAGGAAGAACGGUGCAUGAAACAAAUGUGGACAAGAAGGAGCCGAAAGGCGGGAAGAGUAGAGUUCUCGGGAAAGAAUAUAAACAGGUCUGGUUGAAGCAAUGUUUACACUGACAGAAGGUGGGAAAAGGACCAGAUUCUGCCGUGGAGAAAGGGUCAAAACUAGAUGACUCCAUCCAGAUGGGCUGGAAGGAGCAGGUCCAGCCAGGGAGCCUUGUGAACAG